AUGGAUACUCCUAGAGGGUCGAGGGAUGUGAGUGACGGACAGACGAGCCGUGGGACGCCGUUCCGGGAACGGGCUAUCGAGGAAAGGAGGCUGAAGGAUGAGCUGUUGAGAAGUGCGACACCCGGGCUGAAACGGAGACCUGAGUCGUGGAUUGACGAAAGCAGGGUGCGGGAGGAUCCAGUGGAACUGAAGUCGUACCUGCGAGACCUGAGUGCGGUGCUGGCGCUGCAGGAAAGGAGGAACCUGACCAAUGUGUUGAUGGAGGAGGACCGGGGGGUUUUGGAGAGCGAUCCUGCAGCUGGGACGAGCUCAGUGAAUGUGCUGAAGGACUCUGUGUUUUCGCUGCUGAAAGCAGAUCGAGCAAGACCGAAGAUUAGGAAAGUUCAAACGCCUAUCGUCAUCCAAGACGUAGAGAGUGUCUCUGAUACGCCGGAGGCGUUUGUGGACCUUCCGAGCAGCGUAGAGUCUCUGGCGCCGGUUGAGAACAGUUUCACGGUUGCCAGCGGGCAGCCUGAAGGAGUCUACGAAGAGCCUGGCGUGGUGCAACAGGACGAUUUGAGUGACGACAGCUACAGUGAGGUCUCUGAGCCCGACGAGCCGGAGCCGCUCACGACGUCCCGUCUGAGGCGUUGUCUGUCGCUCUACAUGGAGAGCGAAGGCAUGCGGCUCGGGAAAGCAGGCUGGAGGGCUCUGCAAACCGCUUCUGAAGCACUUCUGAAGGGAAUGGCGCAAGAAAUGAGAGACGACGAAGGUAGGAUCGUGCCGGACAGGCAGAGUAUUCUCAGAGCGUUUGUGAAGUUCGAAGUGCUGGCUCCCAACUCGAGCAAUGAGGCCCUGUUCGAGGUUUGCUGCAAAUACUUGACUCUAGAGGACCUGAACAAAUUGGAAGCUGCGCUCUUUCCUUGA